UUGACGCCAUUCACUGCUCGCAGAGGGCGUUGCGAAGUCUCUGGAAGAUGCUGGUCCGUAGAAUCGUCGCAACCAUCGGGGCGGCGCGCUAUUUGUCAGUCGAAGCGGCAGCGAAGCACUUAACCUCAGUCGAACCUUCCGGAACCGCCGCGAGCAGUUCCGGCCGCGACACCCUUGGUCGACGGCUUCUAAGUCUGGUUUACGCGAAGCGUAGCGCCGUCAUCACUAUACGCAAAUGGAAAGAGGAGGGGCACAUUGUCCGCAAGUACGAGCUCAACCGGAUCGUCCGCGAGCUUCGGAAGGGCAAGCGCUACAAGCACGCUCUAGAGAUAUGUGAGUGGAUGAAAAUACAAGGUGACAUCAAGCUGCAACCAGGAGAUUACGCCAUCCAUUUGGACUUGAUUGCAAAAGUUCGUGGCUUAAAUAGUGCAGAAAAGUUUUUUGAGGAUCUUCCUGACCGGUUGAAAGGCCAGUCUGCCUGCACUUCCCUACUCCAUACCUAUGUCCAGCAUAAUGAAUCCUCUAAAGCUGAAGCUCUUAUGGAGAAAAUGUCAAGAACUGGUAUCUUGAAGUGCCCCCUCGCUUAUAAUCACAUGAUGUCCCUCUACAUAUCAAAUGGGCAAUUUGACAAGAUACCCGGAGUGAUUCAGAAAUUAAAGAAGAACACUUUACCAGAUGUGGUCACUUACAAUCUGUGGCUAACCUUCUGUGCCUCACAGAAUGAUGUUGAAACAGCAGAAAAGGUCUUUCUUGAGCUGAAAAAGGCAAAAGUAGAUCCAGAUUGGGUAACAUAUAGCACGUUGGCUAGCCUAUACAUAAGAAAAUCACUGCUUGAAAAAGCAGCAUCCCAAUUAAAGGAAAUGGAGAAGAAGACUUCUCGUAAAGUUCGAGCUGCUUAUUCCUCCCUCAUCAGUCUCCAUGCAAACAUGGGAAAUAAGGAGGAGGCCCACCGGAUAUGGGAAAAAAUGAAAUCAACCUUCCGUCAAAUGAAUGAUGCUGAGUAUAAUUGCAUGAUAUCUUCCCUCCUAAAGCUCAAGGAGUUUGAAGAAGCUGAGAAUCUUUAUACUGAGUGGGAAUCCGUUUCUAGCACUGGUGAUUCUAGGGUAGCAAAUUUACUUCUUGCAGCUUACAUCAACAAAAACCAGAUGGAAAUGGCUGAAAAUUUUUACAAUAGGAUGGUUCAAAAUGGCGUCAAACCCAGUUACACCACAUGGGAGCUUCUUACAUGGGCUUAUUUGAAACAAAAGCAGACCGAUUUGGUUUUAGAUUGUUUCAAGAAAGCUGUCGGCAGUGUGAAGAAAUGGAGGCCUGAUGAGAAGAUCAUUCAAGGAGUAUUUAGGACGCUUGAAGAGCAAGGUAAUGUUGAGGGGGCAGAGCAGUUCCUGGAGACUGUUAGGAAUGCUGGCCAUGUGAGUACAAAGGUCUAUAACUUGCUUCUUCGAACUUAUGUCAAAGCUGGUAAAAUGCCACUUAUAGUUGCAGAACGAAUGAACAAGGACAACGUUCAGCUGGACGAUGAGACUGAUAAGCUUAUUAAAUUAACCAGUAAAAUGCGUGUAGCUGAAGUUUCAAGCUGUUUUUCUUAAACGCAUCACUUUUUCAUGCGCUUGCAUUUCAGAAUUUAUGCCCCAUUCCUCAGCUAAGAUGAGAUUAUAUGUGUUUUAGAAGCGGGGCUUGAUUUAUAGGCAAGAUAAGUGCUUGAUCUGGUUUUCUGGGCAACUUAUAGAUAAACAAAGUUAUCGAUUGUGCGUAGAAACCUGUUCACAACAUACACAGGGCUUUUGGGAAGCAGUGGCAGAUUAAGACGCCUUUAGCUAAAACUUUGGCAGCAAUGACGGGCAAGAAAGCUUGUAUAAACUUCUCAGACUGCAAGCAAAUUCCUACAUCUGAUGGUUGUACAAUCAAGCGGCAUGCUUUAGAGAACAGAAUUAGUUGGUGAAGCUCCUCCCUUUGGCAUUUUUAGGGCCACAUCAGGAGCUGAGGAUGGGAUGUAACUUCUUUGUGGGUAUAUUGACACUAUUUUCACUUUUCAUGAGUUAAAUUUUCAUUUUCACCCCAUGGAUUACUCUUGUUUGGCCUCGUCGAUGGAACGCAGCCCCCAAUCAUUGAUAACUUCUCUGGUCUUUGUAUUGUUUAACAACUUGGAGAUCUUACUCAAUUAACAUAGUGAUCUCUCUUCACCUUA